ACAGCCCCCCGGGGCCGGGUGGCCUUAUCCUCUCACCUCUCUUCCUCAAGCUCACUCACUCUCACUCUCUCGUCUCCGGUAUCUCGCUUCUCUCGCGGCCGCCUCGGGUGGUGGUCGUUGUCGUCUUCUUGCUUCGGCCGUCAACGCUUCCUUCGCCGUGAGUUGGUCCCUGGGAAGUGACCCACCGAUUAAACCAGUGAUCCGGUGGUAUGACCGGAUUAAUUACCGGUUCGGUUCUCAUAACUGUAUUAGUAAGUAUAGGAGCGAAAGUGAGUUGUGUGAAGGAGAGCGAGAGAUAAGAAAGAAGAAUGGCAAUGGCAGGUUGUUCACUGGUAUCCACCUUCCCCCUCAAAUUGAAGCCUCCGAAAACAAAAACCUCUUCUUCCAAUCUCUUUCAUCCAGAGCUUGCCUUCGUCACUUCCCACCUCAGCGGCAUUAAAAUUUCGUACCACCCUUCUCCUACGCCCCUUCUUGCGCCCUCUCCAAAGUUCUUACCUUUGCAGCCUCUUGCUCGGAGAGUUUGUCCCUUCACUGGAAAGAAAGCAAACAAGGCCAACAAAGUAUCUUUCUCAAACCACAAGACAAAGAAACUGCAGUUUGUAAACCUGCAGUACAAGAGGAUUUGGUGGGAAGCCGGGAAGCGCUACGUAAAGCUUCGGUUAUCAACCAAGGCAUUGAAAACCAUAGAGAAGAAUGGACUCGAUGCAGUCGCGAAGAAAGCUGGAAUUGACCUCCGGAAGAAAUAAGACCACCUGAUUAUGGAUGUAGUUGUAUGAAAGAACAAAUUCAAGUUGGUUGAUAUUAUUUGUUGAUUUUGUUUUUAAUGUUACUUUUAGGAACUAUGAAUGAUUCUAGCAACGGUUGAAAGAAGAUAUUGUGAGAAGCACAAACGGAAUAUCUUGAGAAUUGAUAUGCACCUUGUAAUUCCUGCACAUUUUUAAUUUAAGCUACACAAAUGAGUCUUCUUACCAA